ACUCGACAGUCGACAGCUUACAAUCCAAAAUACCAAGGAGACAAGUUUAUUAAUUUAUGACGUAGGUUAUUAAUUUGUACUUAAAACAGGCAUAAGACUCGCAAAUAAUUUUGUUUCAAAUUACUGUGAAGUUAUGCAUCACAACGGAUAAUACCAAUUUAUCGAAAAUCGCUUAUAAAUAUUGUUGUUUAAAUUUUUAUCUUAAUUUGAAGUUUUAAAUGCUAUCUUGUUAAAGUAACAAGAAAAAAUAAUAUGGCAAGUGAAGAACACAAGCAAUUGGCUCAAUUUUUAAAAACUGUUCAUUCAACUCUAAGAUAUGCGUCAACUGCUGUAGGAGGUGAUAGAGCGUGGCGUGAUCACUGCAGUAACAGAGACGUCCUAAUCACAUAUGCAAAAUGUAUGCAACAGCUAGCUACUACUCAUUGGGAACAAAAUUCCUCCAAAGAUGAUAGUUCUGCAUUAUCCCGAAUUAAAUGGUCAGCAGACUUCUCAUAUGACUACUUUAUUAAUAAAUCUUUUGAAAAAUACUCUCUGAAAGAAGUGCAAAUCGGUGAAAAAAUCGGUAUAACAAUAAAUAUAAAAGAAAAUUUUUCCGAACCAUUCAAACUUAUUGAUGUGGGCAGUUGCUACAAUCCCUUCAAAAUAUAUGAAUACCUAGACGUGUUAGCUAUCGACCUGUGUCCUGCCAAUGAACAUGUUAUGGAAUGUGACUUUCUUAAUGUAUCAAUUGGAACAGAUACUAUAAUAACUGAGGAUAAAGUAAAACAACUCCAAGAAGAUAGUUUUGAUGUAGUAACUUUUUGUUUUCUGUUAGAGUACAUUCCUACAUCAGAAAUGAGAAUCACUGCUUGCCAGAAUGCUUAUAGAUUAUUGAAAGUUGGUGGUAUCUUAGUAAUAAGUACUCCUGAUUCAAAGCAUGUUGGCGCUAAUAGUAAGAUAAUGAAAUGUUGGAGGUAUACUUUAGCUACUUUAGGGUUUUCUAGAAUUAAAUAUGAAAAAUUAAGGCACAUGCAUUGUAUGGUGUUCAGGAAGUCAUUGCUUAAAGAGAUUACUAUUAGAUGGGCUACAUUACAUAAGGAGCCUUUUAUGGAUGGUAAUUUGAACAUACCACAAGAUUUUUCAAGAACGGAAGAAAUCAUAAAAUUUGAUAAUGUAAAUAAUGAUAUUAUAGACUUUUCAGAACUUCCAUUUAGUAAUUGAAGUUUUUUUUUAUUUAUUUAUUGUUAAGAAUAAAUUUAUUUUGUUUGAUAUUU